AUGAUCCUACUCUUCCUCGUCCAUCUCUCUUUGAUCGUCAAACUAUAUGCUUAUCCAAUUCCUUCUAGAAAGAUAAAGCUUUCUGAUACUCGGUCGUCCAAUGGUGGGUUCGCAAAAAUUGGCUUCGAGGUGGUUAAACGUGAGGAUUUAUCCUCUUCCACCUACUCCAGCUGGGACACUCAAUAUUUUGGCUUGCAAGAUGAAAAGGGAUUAUAUUACUUGGUGGACGUCAAAAUUGGUACCCCACCGCAGAACCUCAAAGUCAUGUUGGAUACCGGAUCCUCGGAUAUCGUGAUCCAAUCAGUUACCAAUCCUUAUUGUCAAGCAGAUGAUCAAAGUAGCUCCAUGUUAACAAAAAACUUGAAUGCCGGCUCAAAAUCUCUUCAAAAACGGAAAAACGUGUUGAACAUUAAUUCCGCUACCCAAAUCAGUUCUAAUGCCGUGUCUGAAAGCAGCGAUGAUGAUAGUGAUGUCUAUGGGAUCCAGAGCAAGUCAGCAGUAGUCUCACAAGAUGGCUCAAUAAAUUGUUUUGGUGAAGGCUAUUUUGCCGGAAACUUAUCUUCCACUUUCCAUCUAAAUGAAUCGACUCCUCUAUCACUUAUGUAUGGUGAUGGAACAUUUUGUGCCGGUCACUACGCCACUGACGACGCCCUGAUUGGCAGCAUUGAGAUCAUCAAUCUCAAUUUUGGAUUGGUGGAGCGUGGUACUUCCACUAUUGGGGUCAUGGGGAUUGGGAUCGCGGAUUUGGAAUCGACAAACAUUGCCAGUAAACAGAAGUACCAAAACUUACCUAUGCAAAUCAGUGAACAACACAACCUCACUAAACUUGCCUAUUCCAUCAACUUAUCGACCAAUCAGCAAAUCAACGCCAAUGGAACCAUUCUCUUUGGUGCUGUAGAUCGCUAUAAGUAUCAAGGAUCAUUGGCCACUAUUCCUUACAAACCUUACCAAGGAACAAGCGGGUUUUAUGUUGAUAUCGACGCCAUCGAGAUGUUUUACCAAGGUAAUAUCACCUCCGGUAAACCAUCAUUGAAUGAUACCCUUAAAUUUAGACAAUCUUCUGCUCCCACCACCGCUCUUAUUGAUUCUGGAUCGACUUUGAAUAUGUUCCCUCAAGCAAUUAUCGAACUUGUUUCCACAUAUAUUCCUCAUUCUCUGUAUAAUUCCAAUGGUUAUUAUGUCGAUUGUGACGUCGUGGCCAAUGAAAAUAAUUUCUUCCGGUAUACUUUUGGCAAAGUGCAAAUUGAUGUGCCGUUUUCGCAAUUCAAUGUGACCACUGGCAGGACCAGUGAAGGUUGUCUUUUGGGAAUGGGUACUAAUUCUGGGGGAAGUGCAACUUUGGGAGACCCAUUUUUCAGAGAAUCUUAUUUGGUGUUCGAUUUGCAAGAUCAACAGAUAAGCGUUGCUCCAAUAAAUAGACAAUCAAAUUCGACCAUGGAAGAGUUGUUACUUAUUGGCUGA